CUUUUCUCGAGUCUUUCUAGUCCUCGUCUCACCGCCCUCUCUCAUUGAGUAUCUCUUACUCCCUCUUCCUCUGGCAUCUCCCACGAACUAUCCGUCUUACAUCAUUCCAAUCCUUUUCACCUCUCACUCGCUUCAACCUUCACCUCAUAUAGAAUUCCACCUCACCUUACUUUGUCUCACCUCCUGCCGACUCUCCAUCUUACACCUUCCAAAACUGUACCUCUCAAUUGCUUCAACCUUCGCCUUAUCUAAACUUCCACCUCACCACACCUCACUUUCACACUCGAUCCUCGAGCCAAAAUGGGUCUUCCCUUCGAUCCUGUUCGUGAUUGCUUGCGCACCAAUGAUGUGGCGCACGGGGAGGACACGAAUAAGCCUCAGAUGUCCAUUUCCGAGGACGCUGAGCGAGCUGCACAGCAGCCGGAGCAGGACGACUCCAUGCGUCCCGAAGACCUGGCCCCUGUUGAAACAGCGACAAAUCUCCCUGUUGAGCCACCGUUCUUGAUCGCCUCCUCUGCCCACUCUGAGUACGAGCAGUAUGAGGUGGGGACCGACACUGACAGCGACUCUUACUUCGACGCUGAGACUGGUCUCGAAGUUGACACUGAUGUCAGCAAUGACGCUGAAGUGGAAGUCAGUGAACUGGACAUCACUGAAAUGGUGACCGACACGGACAGUGAAGGUGAAUCUGAUGUCGAAGCCUUGGUCACUGAUGAUAUCGAAGACAGUUUUGUUCUCGUUGAAUGGCCUGAGGAUGCUGUUUUUGAGGUGCUCGAGAUAUCUGUGCUGUCCACCGCAGACGUGCCGGCCUGUCUUUGUGGUUAUCACGUCUGUGAUCUAUGCCGUCAAGGAAACCACUGAGCUACUCAGUUCUGUCAAGUCCACUAUCAACUGGACCUGACUUUUAUGUGCUUUAUUGCAUGGCAUGAUGGCAUUUGCUCAGGAGUUCUCGGCGUUGGGCGAGGAGGUGGACGGCUGUUGGACCAUGGCUCCUAUCCUGUCAUACGGAAUGCAUAGUCGUACAGUUGUUGGAGUGUUAGUCGGACUGGAUGAUUCUUUUGGUUCUCCGAUUUCUG